AUGGAGGUGCUGCUGGUGCUACUACUAGUGGUGCUGCUGGCACUGGUGCUGCUGGAGGUUUUGGAGCUUUUGGAGGUGCUGCUGGUGCUGCUGGGGGUUCUGGAGCUGUCGGAGGUGCUGCUGGUGCUGGUGCUGCUGGAGGUGCUGUUGGUGCUACUGGAGGCUGUGGAGCUGCCGGAGGUGCUGCUGGUGCUGGUGCUGCUGGUGCUGCUGGAGGUCCUGGAGCUGCUGGAGGUGCUGCUGGUGCUACUGGAGAUUCUGGAGCUACCGGAGGUGCUGCUGGUGCUGGUUCGGCUGGAGCCUCUAGUGCUGUCUCUCUGCUGCUUCUAG